AUGAGGAAAGAAAAUCAGAGCAGUGCAUCAGAGUUCAUCCUCCUGGGGCUCCCCAUCAGGCCAGAGGAGCAAGGCCAGUUCUAUGCCCUUUUCCUGGCCAUCUACCUGACCACCGUGCUGGGGAACCUGCUCAUCAUCCUGCUCAUCAGGCUGGACUCCCGCCUCCACACCCCCAUGUACUUCUUCCUCAGCCACUUGGCUUUCACUGACGUCUCUUUCUCCUCCGUCAUAGCCCCGAAGAUGCUCACGAACAUGCUGACACAGAGCCGGUCCAUCCCCUAUGCUGGAUACAUUUCCCAGGUGUAUUUUUUCUUAUUUUUUGCAGUUCUUGACAGCUUCCUCCUCACCUCCAUGGCUUAUGACAGAUAUGUGGCCAUCUGUCACCCCCUGCACUACACCGCCAUCAUGAGUCAGAGGCUGUGUUUCCUGCUGGUUAUUGUGUCCUGGGCCUUGUCCUCUGCAGUUGCUCUUGUGCACACUCUCCUCCUAGCUCGUCUCUCUUUCUAUGGAGACAAUACUCUGCCCCAUUUCUUCUGUGACCUCUCUGCCUUACUUAAGCUGUCCAGCUCAGACACCACAGUCAAUGAGCUGGUUAUCCUCACGGUGGGAACAGUGGUCAUUACCGUGCCAUUCCUAUGCAUUCUGGUCUCUUAUGGCCGCAUUGGGGCCACCAUCCUGAGAGCUCCCUCCUUGAAGGGAAUCUGCAAAGCCCUGUCCACAUGUGGCUCUCACCUCACUGUGGUUUCUCUGUACUAUGGGCCAAUUAUUGGAAUCUACUUUGUGAGCUCAUCCACUGACACCAAUGACAAGGACGUCAUCGUGGCUGUCUUGUACACGCUGCUCACACCCAUGUUAAAUCCCUUUAUCUACAGUCUGAGGAAUCGAGAUAUGAAAGGAGCUCUGAAAAAGUUGUUCAGUAGAGGAAACUUCUGA